GGAGGAGACUCGCCUGCUGAGGGGGCCAACUGAGGUGCAAGGGGAAAGACUGCUGCCAUCUGCAGCCUCGCUUUCAUCCCCCUCUAUCCCCACCUGUUCCAGGUUAAUAGUCAACGUGAUCCCUGAACACCCCAAAGUUACCUCACAGCUUUGUCAUCGACCCCUAAGAGAAGCACAUAAGUCUCACUCAAUCUAUUAGAAGCUUUGGAAGCCUGGGUCACACAUAUUUGUGUGUCUAAUUCUUCCAUAAGGAGCAACCAAUUAGCUAUAAUCGAACUGUUCACCACAGUAUUAUAUUGACCCUGAUGACAGACAUAUUGGACUAGUGAUUCUCCAUAAUUUAUGUCUCAGCUUGGCAUCAUUAGCGAGGAUCCUGGCACUGUCUGAGGGGGUGCAGGGACUCCAGUUAAAGGAGCCUGUACCCCUCAGACAGCUAUUUUCUAUUCUCUCACAUUACUCACUGUCGGUACUGCUUUCACUACAGCCUCCCUGAUACCUUUUUGUUUUUCCUUUUAAAAGAACUAUUUUAUAAGCCAAUAUGAGUCAGAGUAGUGGUCCCAGUCCACGGUUAGUAGACUCUCCUCUGCUGCUUCAGAGCUCAGAUCUCCUCUGCAAUUUAGGGACCCCUCUGCCUGAACGCAUACACCUUCCAGACUCUCUUACUCCAUCUCCCAAGAAUCUACCACCAUCCCCUAUACCCCCAACUCCUGUCUCCAUUCCAACUGGGGAUUGGGAAAGCCGUGAGGAACUGCGCCUUCGAGAAUUAGAGGAGGCAAGAGCCCGAGCUGCUCAAAUGGAGAAAACUAUGCGAUGGUGGUCAGACUGUACAGCUAACUGGAGGGAGAAGUGGAGUAAAGUAAGAGCAGAGCGCAAUAAGGCAAGGGAAGAAGGAGCUCAGCUCAGGAGUCGGCUUGAAAUACUUAGCAAAGAACUGGGAGCCUUGAAAAGAGAGAGGCAAGAAGCAGCCACUGAAACAGAGCAGCUCCGAAAGGAGCUAGAGAGACUACGAGGCAAAGCAGCAGUGUUAGAAUCCAAUGAUCAUGACGUAGAGGAGCCAGUUAGAGAUGUGGAAAUUGAAAAGCUCACCAAAAUCAAGGAUCCAGACCUUGAUGAUAGUGUGCAGCUUGAGGGCUGGGAGAUUCAGAAUGGGGGACCUUCACGCAGUCCUAGGCCCCGUAACUGGGAGGACGUGAGUCCCAGUGAGGACGAUGCAACAAAAAUUACAGCACUUAAAUUGAGGCUAGAUGAAAGCCAAAAGGUGCUGCUGAAAGAAAGGGAGGAUAAGAUGCUGCUCAAUAAAACCAUUGAGAAGAUGGAAGCAGAAAUAAGUCAGUGGAAACUGAAAUGUGAAGAGCUGAACAAAUCCAGACAGGAGGCAGUUAAGCAGCUCACUCUUCUAAGGGAGCGCCACCAGGAUGAGUUGGGACGCAUUUCUGAGGAUCUUCAAGAUGAACUUGGUGUUCGAUCCAGUAUGGACAAGAAACUUGCAGAGCUCAGAGCUGAGAUGGAGGGACUUCAAGCCGAGAAUGCAGAAGAGUGGGGCCGGCGGGAAAGACUAGAGACAGAGAAGCUGAACCUUGAGCGGGAGAACAAGAAACUGAGGCUUCAGAUUCAAGACCUGGAGGAGAUUCUAACUCGAAAAAGAAGGCAGACAGCCAGUGCCCUUGAUACUGACCUAAAGUCAAUCCAGGCAGAGCUAUUUGAGAAGAAUAAGGAGUUAUCAGAUCUGCGCCACAGUCAUUCUAAAUUGAAAAAGCAAUUCCACGAGAGGAGCUCAGAGUUCACUCAUGCCAAUCGCCGUGUAGAACAGCUAGAGAGUGAGGUGAAGAAGCUCCGGCUACGUGUGGAGGAACUGAAGAAGGAACUGGGCCAAGCUGAAGAUGAGUUAGAUGAGGCGCAAAACCAGACACGGAAGUUACAGAGAACAUUGGAUGAGCAAACGGAGCUGAAUGAAAAUCUUCAGGUGCAACUUGAACACGUGCAGUCAAGGCUGAGGCGACAGCAAAAUCCACCUCUAUUCGGGAAGCUGCGCACUUCACGAUUUGCCAAUGAUGAUGCUGUGGACAUAGGAAGUGAUCCGGAUGAGGAUGAUCUACAAAUUCAAGUCCCCUAGGUGCCAGCUCUCAAGGACCACAUAGGAAGUAAUAAGACCACAUAGGAAGUAAUAAACAGAGUAUUAUUUUCUGAUUGCCAAUGUUUUUAAAAUUUGCAAUAAGGACGAACAUUUAGUCUCUCUGAGACUGUACCUAAGGCAAUAUGUUUCAAGUUCCAAAACAAACCAUAAUGGGGUCUGGUCUCAAAAUUUUGUUUGCAUUAAGAUGAAAAGGGCAAUGAAAUUCAAGCAAAAGUGGUUCUGUUUUUAUGCUUUUUUGCUAAUUAAGUUAUCUUUAUACAUCGAGGGGCUCGAGUGAAGGAAUAGAAUAAAAAAAAAACUUCGAGUGAUUUUUUUGGCUACUUCGACCAUCUAAUUGGCUACUUCGACUAACUAAAAAUCGUUC